AUGGCUACUAUCGUUACUUCAGAAGAAACCGCCACGUCGAACAUUGACCUCUUUAUUGGAGCGCGGGAAACUCCGUGCGAAGUUAUACCCAAGUUUGUCGCCCCGCCCGCCGGCACCGGCCCGCCCCUCGCGCCGUCCCGCUCGCACCGCAACCCGACCACGCCGCGGUUACCGUUCAAACUUACUUGUUACGCUAACUUUGUAUUUCUU